AUGCCAGUUGACGGGGAUCCAAAGACUACCAGCGAUUCUGAAAAGCCUCGGCACGGGUGGUUAGCCAAGUGCGGCAUACCCAUACCUGCAUUAUCUGUACGUGGCAGACGCGGCUCUGACAAGGACCCAAACAGGCCGAUCAUGACCCUAGCUAACAAAGACAAGAAAAGAAAGAGGACUGCUCAGAGUCCAUUACCAGCAUCAAGGGCGCCAUUUAAAAUGGCGGGACGGCAGGAAGCUUCUCUGUCAGUAGAAGCUCAGCAAGAAGCUGCGAAAGCGACUUUCGAUCAUGCCAUAAGAGUUGAGCGCCCAAAUCAAGAUCCUGUCACAAUGGAGCCUGCCAUCGCACCACCUGGCUUCGAAAGGCCAGCGGUGACUGCCGGUCAAGACUAUCAGAAACGUCGCCAAGCCCUUCUCAAAGAAGAGGCUGAUAACGCGUGGGAUUAUGACGCCCGCACAAAAGGCGUUUCAGAGAACGAAAAAAGAGCGGCCAUCAUCAUCCGCGAACUUAGAGAGUAUGAGCGCAGGGUUGUGUUUGGCAACAAUGCCUCAGAGGCCAUACCAGGCCCCGAGACCCGCGACAUGGGCGGCAAAUUCCUUACCAAUAAGGAACGAAUCGAAAGUCGCAGUAAGCUCUUUGAAAUUGCGAAAGAAGUGCCCAAGGGUGCCCUCUUGCAUCUCCACUUCAACGCUGAGCUCAAUCCGGAGAGGCUUUUGCAAGAAGCCCAGUCGAUGGACAACAUGUACGUCUGGAGCAUGCGCCCAUUGUGCAAAGAAAAGGAUCUCGAUCUUACGGAGAUGGUGUUUAACGUCAUGCCGAAAACCACGACUAGCAACGAUAUCUUCUCCCGUGCGUAUCAGGGGUGCGACAAUAAUUGGAAGCUUCCCAAAUUCCAGCAAGACGUGUGGAUGAAAUGGAGCGAAUUUCGCGAACGCUUCCCAAUAGUGUUUCCCGGGAUGUAUGUUCAGACACGGGCCGAACGAGCCACAAACGCGAAGGCUCGGACCUGCUCAGAGCCCGCCGAGAUCGUAUUGGAUCCGGCAGAGAACUGGAUCCAACGGAAAAUGGUGCUUAGCGAGGAAGAAGCAUACGGGCCUGGCCAAACCGUGAAUGGAGUUUGGGCGCGCUUCAACCAAGCUACACGCUGCUUCAAAGGCCUUUUGAAUUAUGAGCGCGUAUAUAAAUGGUACAUCGGCAAGGCCAUCGACCGCAUGAUCGAUGAGAAGGUCAUGUACGCUGAGCUUCGACCUAUGCUCAUGGACAAGUCCAUACCAGCCGACAAUGGGAUUGACAAACUAGAUAACUCCGCGCAGAUGAGGAUGAUCCUAGACGCCGUGGAUGCCAAGAAGCAAGAGCUCCUGGCAGAGGGCCGACUACAUCUAUUUCCGUUCGGGCUCAAGAUCAUUUACUGCACUCCACGAUCCAUUCCCCAUAAGAAGAUGAGGUCGGAAAUGCGGGAUUGCAUAGACCUGAAGAUUGAGUUCCCGGAACUUAUCUGUGGUUUCGACCUAGUUGGAGCAGAAGACCGGCCUAACUAUAUCGGCUACUACUAUGAAGAGCUCGUUGCAUUCCAGAAGACCUGCGAAGAGAAAAACUUGGAGAUCCCGUUUUUGUUCCAUGCGGGCGAGACGUUGCUCGACACCGGCGGAUCAACAGACCCUGGCAAUUCGAAUCUCUUCGAUGCUGUGCUGCUAAAGUCAAAACGCAUCGGACACGGUUUCUCACUAAUGAAGCACCAAGAGCUGAUUAAGUACUUCAGGAAAGGCCCACACGAAGAAGAGAAGGAUGGCAAGAAAGUGCGGGUUAUCAGUCCUGGCAUCUGCGUCGAGCUUUGCCCUAUCUCCAACGAGCUGCUUCACCUUUGUAGAAACAUCAAGGAGCACCCAUACCCUGAACUGCUAGCCGCGAAGAUUCCGUGCACUGUGAACAGCGACAACCCAUCGCUUUUCAGCAAUUCCAUGUCCCACGAAUUCUAUCAAAUCAUGGUCGGCGCUCCCACAAUAUCGGUGCACAGCUGGAAACAGCUCGCGCUGUGGAGUCUUGAGUACAGCUGUCUCGAUGACGACAAGAAGGCAGAAGGCGAGAAAUACUUCCGGACGGCUUGGGAACAGUUCUGCGAGAAUGUCGUGCGGGAAUAUGGAAACCUUCUAGAUGGCGACAGAAUCAAUGAGGCCAAAGCGAACGAGAAGUACGCUUGA